CUGGAUCUAUCUCCCCUUCUACUGGUGAAACAUUCAGAGAUGAGAAACAAACAUAAAUUAAUACAAUGACAAUCCAACCUUUAGCUGACACCAACCUCUUUAAGCCGAUCCAGGUGGGUCGCUACAAACUCCAGAAUCGUGUCGUCUUGUCCCCAGUGACCAGAUUCAGGAAUGACGCGGACCUGGCUCCUACUGAGCUCGCGGUUGAAUACUAUGGGCAGAGGUCCUCUAAGGCCGGUACCUUGUUAGUCACCGAAGCUACUUACAUCUCUGCCGCCGCCAGUGGCUUCGACUCAGCUCCAGGUGUGUGGUCCGGGAAGCAAAUCACUCAAUGGAGCAAGGUCUUCAGCAAGGUUCACGAGAAUAAAUCGUUUAUCUUCGUCCAGCUUUGGCAUUUGGGCAGAUCUGCGGAGCCAGACAGAUUGAAGGCCCUUGGCUUGCCAUACGUCUCUGCAUCCGCUAACUACAUUACUGGCGAAGACAAGAAGCUUGCCGAGAAGGUUGGAAAUGAGCUCAGAGAGUUAACCAUUGAUGAGAUCAAGCAGACUGUCAAGGAUUACGCGCAAGCUGCGGCCAAUUCCAUCAAGGCCGGGGCCGACGGUGUGGAGAUCCAUGGUGCCAAUGGGUACUUGCUUGACCAGUUUAUUCAGGCCAUCUCUAACAAGAGAACCGAUCAAUACGGUGGUAGUGUGGAGAAUCGUGUCCGGUUUGUAUUGGAAGUUGUGGAUGCGGUUGUAGCUGAGGUCGGUGCUGACAGAACCGGUAUUAGAUUAUCUCCAUGGGGUAUCUACGGGGGUAUGGGUGGGGCCGAAUACAACCCAGAGGAAACGUUUGGGUACCUCUUGGAGCAGCUUGAGAAGAGAGCGCAAGAAGGUAAAAAGUUAGCUUAUGUUCACUUGAUUGAACCGAGAACCGGGGACUUGCACGCAGAGGUUGAACUAGUGGAAGGUGACAAUGGUUUUGCGUAUGAGAAGUGGUCUGGUCCGAUCAUCAGAGCCGGUGCCUACCACAGGGACUACGAUCUUAUUCAGAGGGAGAUCGACGGGAAUGAUAGAACCUUGCUCGCCUUCGGUAGAAGUUUCAUCGCUAAUCCUGACUUACCAGAAAGAUUAGAGCAAGGUUGGGAGUUGAACCAGUACAACAGAAACACUUUUUACACCCCUGGCCCGGAGGGCUACACCGAUUAUCCAUUCUACAAGUUGACCUAAGACCCAAGAGGCCUGGUAGGAGAAAAAUAUCAACAGCCACCUGUAACGUAGGGUCUUAUGAGACACCAUAUAAUAUUUUUAUUAUUUUCAGCCAAAAAGAUCAGAUAAUUGAUAUUUGAAUUAACC